UGUGAUUCUUUUUCAUCGAAAUUCGGCCCAUUUUUAUCAAUUUUCCUAUAUCAAUUAAUUUUUUCCUUAGUUCCAUUGAUCACUCCGAGCCUGGAGGGUGUGCUUAGAGUUUAUGAUAUUUUUCGUCCUUCACUUAUUCACAAACUUUCGAUUAUCAUCAAAGUCUGUCCUUAUUUUAAUGAAAAUUUUAAUAUUUAUUAUACUUAUUUUUAUUAUCAUAGUAUUUUUACUUCAUUACACAGGUUCUUUUGAUGCAGAAUGCAGAUCCGAUAUAGAUUGUGAACAAUUUAAAAGCUGUCAACCAAUAUGCAGACUUCAAUGCAAGUCUACAAUUUGUACAAUUGUAGGGGAUGUGGAAACGAGCGAUAAAGGAGUUGACACUUUCGUUCAAAGGAGAAAACUGUAUCAUCGACCAAUUGUUAAAUCAGAAGAAGAACCAUUUGAUACAAUUGGAAAUCCUUUUGCUUCUGAAGCACUUCUGCGGUCCCAUCCUCCGAUGCCGGAGAAAAGAGAUUUAGUAACACACUUGACUAUCAGCGAGUCUGAAUUAGAGGCUGAAUUAAAACAACGCCUUGAACCUGAGAAGAGUGGUCUUGGAAAUUUUGUAACAGCUCCAACAGUAUUCAACGAUGCGAAGUUAACAAUAGGCACAUCAGUUGCACAUGGUAAACGCUCCCCUGGAGUUGAUGACAUAACAUUAACAAUGAGUAGAGAGCUAUUGAGCGAGGAUAUCCACCUACAGCGAGAUGUUGUCUCAUCUCCUGGUUUCAAUCCACAACCCCCUGGCACAACUGGAGUAACCGAACAAUAUCCUCUAAAUUCUUUGGAAAGUUUUGAAAACAUUGAUGACGAAAAGAAGGAUUGUGAUAAUGAAAACUGUGAUGGACAAAGUAAAACUACUACAACAUUUUGGCCGAUAACAACAAAAGCAUUGAAGACAACAAAAAUCCCUCAGCAAAAGAUGCAAUUUCUGAAGGGCCUUUCGCGAACAACACAACGCGUACCGAGUCAUGGAUCAUGGACGCCUCUGGGAAAACCCCAAACAAUGCAACGGACAACAUUAAAAAGUUGUGAUUCUCCUCCAAUAUGUGGACGAAAUUGUGGCGUUGUAAUUGAUCCAAAUGGCUGCCAAAGUUGUGAUUGUUUAUGGAGAUCAAAGAGUAAGUAUCAAAAGCAAAAUUGAAAGGAUAUUUUAGAUUGCCGUUCGGAUAUUGAAUGCCGCUCAUUGGAUGGGCAGAUAUGUGAUUUUGGUCGUUGUGAAUGUG